AUGUCGGAAUCUCCUGAACCAUCUACCUACAAGCCUGUAGCCGGGUAUCCCGCCCUGGCGAAUAUGAUGGCCAUCAACACAGAGACGGCCAUAUUCAGGAAGUUCAGGGAUCUGCAGAUGCAAAACCUCCUUUUUAUGGAGGCCAAACUGAUUGAUCUUCAACUUAGGCUUAGGGAUGCCCAGAAGGAGGACGACGUAGUGGACAACCCUCGAACACUAUUUGCAAGGGACUUCUACGAAAUGGGAGCCAACGACCUCGGCGAAGUGCAAAUGGCCCUUCAUCGUGAGAUACACACGAUCCUGGCCGAGUACAGAACCACCUUGUUGCAGAUGAUGGAAUUGAACAACGCACCGAGGCCGACAAAACGGGAAAUUGAAUUUCUCCGUGGAUAUCUUCCUCAUAUACACGAUGACUUUCCAAGGGGUACAGAGGGUUCUACCUGGGAUGCGGUAAAUGACGGUGACUUCAUCACCCUCGACCCCCGCGAGCAGAGAGAAGACAUUGUGACACGAUUUCUGAGUGGUUUCAUGGUGGAUGUAUACCACUACUGCGUCAUCAGGCGCGACGACCUGCUGUGCCGACUAAGGAAGAAGCCCAGCCGUGCUGGUGCUCCGUUCAGGGUCUAUUCAAACAAGGGAAUAAGAACCGUCAGCAAGGUUAUCACAACCACGACGUCUGCCAUGCUACCACCGUUGGCAAUCAUCAUUCUCCGUGCGGUACAAUCGCCGAAUGCCCGAAUGCUCUUCAUAUUCGGGUUUACCGUUGUCUUUGCCGCUGCGUUAGCAGCAUUGACCAAAGCAAGUCCCGCCGAAAUCUUUGCCGCAACUGCCGCGUUUACUGCGGUGGAAGUGGUUUUCGUCGGGAGUGUUGGACCUUCCCCGAGUCCCUGA